AUGGCAGCCGCUGCUGCCGUGGCAACCAAAAGCAAACAAAAGAGGCCUCACGUCUUUGAGACGAACCACUCCACCCACAAGAGGCAGCAGACCCGUCUGCUCAGGAAACUGCGAGCCAUCCUCUAUGAAUACACCACCAGAGUGGGCCAACAGGCCAUCAUCCUGUGUGUCUCUACCUCCCAACCCAACCCUGUAUUCAUGGUGUUUGGCGCCGCUCCUCUGGAGAACGUGGUGAGGAAGUAUAAGGGCAUGAUUUUGGAGGAUCUGGAGAACGCUCUGGCUGAACAUGCCCCUGCUUGUGGAGACCUGGCCUCAGAGCUGCCCCCCAGAAACAUUUAAUCUUGCAACCAUUCAACAAAGCAUUACACCUCCUAUUUAACACAUUGGAAAGUGUUUCCUAAAUUGUUCUAAAGUUGUUGAAAUUGAACACCGGUGGAUUUAAAGAUGUCAACAAAAAACUGAGUAACAACCUGUGUUGAAGA